GUGGCUCACACCUGUAAUCCCAGCACUUUGGGAGGCCGAGGUAGGUAGGUCACCUGAGGUCAGGAGUUCCAGACCAGCCUGGCCAACAUGGUGAAACCCCAUCUCUACUAAAAAAAAAAUAUAUAUAUAUAUAUAUAUAAAAUAUAUAUAUAUACACACAAAAAUUAGCUGGGCAUGGGGCCUGUGCCUGUAAUCCCAGCUACUUGGGAGGCUAAGGCAGGAGAAUUGCUUAAACGCGGGAGGUGGAGUUUGCAGUGAGCAGAGAUUGUGCCACUGCACUCCACCCUGGGAGACAGAGUGAAAUUCCAUCUAAAAAAAAAAAAAAAAAGAAAAUACAACAAUUAGCUGGGAGUGGUGGCACAUGCCUGUAGUCUCAGCUACUCUUGAGGCUGAGGCAAGAGAAUUACUUGAACCCGGGAAGCAGAGGUUGAAGGGAACAGAGAUCACGGCACUGCACUCUAGUCCAGGCGACAGAACGAGACUCCAUCUCAAAAAAUAUAUAUAUUUGUAUACAUAUAACAAAAUAUUUGCAUCAAAAGGACAUUGGGUCAGUUGCUUUACCUGCAUAAAUACAUCAUUUGAACAUAUAAAUAUAUCGGUGUAAAAAUGGGCAAAGUACAAGAAUAAGCAAAGCGUGAAUAAAUACAAAUAUCAAAUAAAACAAAUGUUAAUACAAUACUUUUGUUGUUUGAGUAAAACUUUAUUCAAUAAAAAUAGAAGGAAGUGGCAUUUCCCGCCCAUGGAUUUACGUUGAGGAAAGUUCUAUAGGUCUUCACAACAUGUUUUAGGUGAUAUAUAAGGAAGAUAAUUAUACUGUAAACGACUGUGGAUUACCAUUCUUGACCUCAUUACUUUCUAUCCCCAAAUAUUAAUCACUUAGUAUUUGAAGCUGAAGAGUCCUGAAGCUGCAGGAAAAAUGGAGGAAACCAACAACAGCUCUGAAAAGGAAUUUCUUCUCCUGGGAUUUUGAGAUCAGCCUCAGCUAGAGAGGUUUCUUUUUGCCAUCAUUUUGUACUUCUACGUCUUGAGCCUUCUGGGGAACACUGCCAUCAUACUAGUAUGUCGUCUGGACUCCAGACUCCACACUCCAAUGUACUUCUUCCUCAGCAACCUCUCGUGUGUGGACAUCUGCUUUACCACCAGUGUUGCCCCACAGUUGCUGGUUACCAUGAAUAAGAAAGACAAAACCAUGAGCUACGGUGGCUGUGUAGCCCAGCUCUACGUGGCCAUGGGGUUGGGCUCGUCUGAGUGUAUUCUCUUGGCCGUCAUGGCUUAUGACCGCUAUGCUGCUGUCUGCUGGCCACUGCACUACACAGCCAUUAUGCACCCCAGGUUCUGUGCGUCUCUGGCCGGUGGAGCAUGGCUCAGUGGCCUCCUCACCUCCCUAACUCAGUGCUCCCUCACUGUGCAGCUGCCCCUCUGUGGUCAUCGCACACUGGAUCAUAUUUUCUGUGAGGUGCCAGUGCUCAUCAAACUGGCCUGUGUGGAUACGACUUUCAACGAGGCAGAACUCUUUGUGGCCAGUGUAGUCUUUCUAAUUGUCCCGGUGUUACUCAUCUUAGUCUCCUAUGGCUUUAUCACCCAAGCUGUGUUAAGGAUAAAAUCAGCUGCGGGCCGCCAAAAGGCCUUUGGGACCUGUUCGUCUCACCUGGUUGUGGUCAUCAUUUUCUAUGGGACCAUCAUAUUCAUGUACCUUCAACCGGCCAAUAGUAGAUCCAAAAACCAGGGAAAGUCUCUUUUCUAUACCAUAGUCACCCCACUUUUAAACCCCAUUAUCUACACUCUGAGAAACAAAGAUGUGAAAGGGGCCUUGAGGACCCUGAUACUGGGAAGUGCUGCUGGACAAAGCCACAAGGACUAGGAAACACCUGGAAUUCUAAACAAGGGAAACACCUCAAGGCAGCGUGAGGGUUCAUCCUCCCCAGACAUUCCUCUUGUCAAUCCCAAAGCCACAGGGACUAGGAAACACUGGAAUUCUAAAGAAGGGAAACACCUCAAGGCAGCGUGAGGGUUCAUCCUCCCCAGACAUUCCUCUUGUCAAUCCCAAGACCACAGGGACUAGGAAACACCUGGAAUUCUAAAGAAGGGAAACACCUCAAGGCAGUGUGAGGGUUCAUCCUCCCCAGACAUUCCUCUUGUCAAUCCCAAGACCACAGGGACUGGGAAACACCUGGAAUUCUAAAGAAGAGAACCACACCAAGGCAGCAUGAGGGUUCAUCCUCCCAGACAUUCCUCCUGUCAAUCCAAGACCCUAUGUUCUAUCUGGAAAAAAAUGUUUGUCCUUCAUCCACCUGCCAUCAAGGUUCAUGUAGUAUCCAUUAUUUCCUUCUAAUGUGCCAGCCCAUCUGAUAGACUUCUACUAAUGCUUCAAAACUCAGCUGAAAUGUCACCUGCACUCACUAGCUGUCCUGAAACACCAUCCUUCUCAUCCUUGUGCAGAAUUGUUUCAUAUGUUUCCAUAGCACUUGAUCCACACUACCAUUUCUACAUUUCACAUUUGAGAUAUAUGUAUACAUAUAUCUCUAACUAGGCAAAGCAAUGUAUAUAACAGACUGAAAAAAUACAUGACCAUUUUCCCAGAAUAUGUCACUUUUAACCAGAGAAUGGAACCAUCCCACUCUAUUGGCUUAUUUACAACACGAGAAACACAAAUAUUAACAGUUGUGAUGCUUUGGUUCCACAGAAUUGUGGGAUGCAAAUAAUGACUAAUAUUUUAUUAAAGGAAUCAAAUAAGCAAACUUGCAUUAAGGAGAUUGAUUCAUAUAUGGUUAAUUCCCUUUUUUAUUGAAGUGUUUAAAAGUUGAGUAAAAUUGCCAUAUACUAAAAUGUGUUUUAACAUAUUUAUACAAAAUUCAUAAAAUAAGUUAUUGUUUUUGGCCUUAAACU